GACUUGUUUAACCAAAAAUAUUUUACAUCGCAACCAUAAACGCCUUGAACUCUCCAUAACCAUGUCAGACACCCACGAGAUUCCGUUGAAAAUGCCCCAGGAGACGUUUGUGGACGAACCCAAGGAAAUCAGCGACGUUAACAUUCACGACUUGGUUAUUGACAUUGACGGCAAUACAAAAGACAUUAACAAGUUUUUUGCAUGUGAAGCCAUAGCAGUGCUUUUGUACACUUUGGAAGAUAUAAUGAAACUUCAGAGUGACCCAGAAUUGUUUGAGCAGUUUCGAGCUCGACUGUUGCAACAAAGUGAAGUGGACCUCAAGUUGCUCAACCCCAGCGUAGAUUCGCUUGAAUCAGAUAUCAAAGUACGAACAUCUCCAACUCCCAGCCCUCCACCUUCCAAGAUCAUGAAAGUUGAUUCCAGCACCAACAACCACGUCGGAGGAGAUUAUGAUGCAGUUCUUAAGGAAACUACCCCGGACUCACUUGUAGAUUCGACUGACAAUGAGGACAUUGAAGUCAUAGACCUCCAACACUUAAUAGAUACAACUAAUUUGACGUUAUCUAACUAUGUUGACUUCCAGGACGUCAAAUCAGAGAUCACAUACUACCAAGAUCCCAUGGUCAAGAGUCAAAAUAAACUUGUUGUUAAGGUGUUUGACUUGGUAGCCCCACCCAAAUUGUCUAUUGAGCAAUUUCUUCAAAGAAUAAGAACAUAUUCUUCUGCCAUUUCAGUUUCCUGCUACAUCCAUGCUGCCUUCUUGGUGUAUAAAUUGGCAUUUCUUCAUAAGAUAAUCGUGUUGACUCCUUGUAACGUUUACAGGCUUAUAUUGGCUCUGAUUAGGUGUCUGACAAAGAUCCUUGAAGAUAUUUACCAAAAACAAAAGACAUUUGCGACUGUUGGAGGUGUUUCUCAGAAGGAACUCUUCAAAAUCGAAGUAGGGUUCUUGUUCUUAUGUAACUUCCGCUUGGUGGUCAAUGAGGAUAGUUUGAACCACUAUUUAAAGAGUUUUUCUCAAUUACGGACAUUUGUUAAAGAGAAUAUUGAUGACAAGACUUCAUGAUAUCUUCUAUAUACCUUUUAAUGAACAAUUAUUACGCUAGAAGUAUUCUAAGCCAAAAAAUAUGCGAAUUCUGUGGAUCGAACACAGGACCUUCAGAUUAACUGGGACUAAAGUAUAACUUCAGUCUGACGCUCUCCCAACUGAGCUAAAUCCGCAUCACCAAACCCACGCCGGGACUCGAACCCGGAAUCUUUUGAUUAGAAGUCAAAUGCGCUAACCAUUACGCCACGCAGGCA